AUGUCGCGAAUACAGCAACGAAGCAGCCUCUCGAGAGCGCUCGAAACUCUAUCGGGCCUGGCUACCCGUAUACACUGCGUCGAAGACAAAGAUUUUGAUGCGGAGCUUGUCGCUUUCCUGGUCCCACACCUUAAUGACGACAACGCCCGCCGCCGCCUCCUCUCUUUCCUCGACCACAACAACGGCAUGUGGGCUUGUUUAGCCUCGAUAUGCGCUGAAGGAUACGGGGUCCGCAAGGGAACAGGCUCUGGUGAGGACAAGCAACGCGUCGAAAAGAAAGCCGAGGAGGACGCUGUCAAUAAGUUCACCCAGGAGGGCAAGACUAAGGUGAAGACUGCCGUCUUCGAAUGGGCUGUUGACCGCAGCUACUGGUACAUAUGGUUCGAUCCCGUCUCUUCGAUCAUAGACUACUCGCCCCUGUACCCUUAG